UUAAAAUUAGAAUAUCUAAAAAAAUAUUUCUUCAGAGGACUUUACCACAAGAAAAUAUUACAAUGGAAAGAACACAAUAUAUUAGAGAUCUUAAUGACACGAUACCUUCAAUUACAAUUGCUUCUCAUGAGAUUAAAAACAUCAAGGCUAAUUCAGAGCGAAGUGAUUUAACGCUUAGAGAAAUGAUGGAAGAUAGCACUGCUACUGGCCUUGUUUUAAAAGCUGAUAAGCCAUGGCGUGAUGCAUAUUCUAAGUUACAUUAUGAAUUUUUAAAUAUUGUACAAGCUCAUACAUCAGAAGUACAAAUUUUUGAAGUUAUAGCUAAUUUUAUUCAUAGCUGUACUGUAACUUUAGAUCUUAUGAGAGGAAUUAAAUCAAAAGUAGAAAAUUCUGAAUUAUCAACAGAGGAAAUAAGCUUAGAAAAUGAAAGAAAUACUUGGAGACUUAUAUACUGCCUAUAUCAAAAUCGUUUAGAUUCAACAGAUUUUCAUUCGCAAAUGGAAAUGGACAAUAUUUUAAAUAUAUCAGAAAAGCAAGUAAUAGAUGCUUUAUAUAAAAAUAGUAGAUUAAUAAGGGAAUUCCAACUUAUUAUUGAUUGGUUAGAAAAGAAUGCUUUAGAUCAAGCAGAUAGAUUACCAUUAAUCGAAAAUUUCACAGAUAAAACUGUAGCAUGGGAAAAUACUUUACAUCAAUUACAAAAUAUUAAAAGUGGAAUUACGUUUGCUUCAUCUAGACCAAUUAUUUCAACUAUGGACCCUGAUGCUCCAAUAAGAGAAGGUAAACCAUUGCAUGAUUUAGAUAGAGAAGAUGAUGCAAGAUUAGAAAAACGAAUGCUUAUAGAGGUCCGUUGUGGUAGAUUACAAAAAGCACAAGCUUUAGCUAUACAUUGUGGCCAACAAUGGCGUGCUGCUUGUUUACUCGGAUGGACACCUUACCAUGAUCCAAAUUAUAUAAAUCCUCUUAGUGAUACAAAAUUACCAAUCGAAGGCAAUCCUAACAGAAGUUUAUGGAAAUUAUGUGCUUGGGAACUUUCUAAUGAUGUACGAGUUGGUCAGUAUUAUCGAGCUAUUUAUUCUAGUCUUUGUGGUAAUGUCAAUCAAUUAUUAACUAUAGCUAACUCAUGGCAAGAUGGUCUUUGGGCAUAUAUGAAAACUCUUCUUGAUAUAAAAGUAGAAGCAGAGGUAAGAGGUUUUAUGCCGAAAACUUAUAUAGCUUUACCCGAUGAAUAUUGGAAAGGUGAAAAUACCCUAGAUGAUAUUUUUGAUGAAUUGGAAGCAUCAAAUAAUAUAGUAAUUUCUGCUCAAGCUAGUGACCCAGCACACCGAAUUCAAAAAUAUUUGAUACUAGAUGAAGUUGCAACUUUAAUGGAUGAAAUAGAAAGUAUAAUUGAUAAAAAAACAUGUGAUUCACAAUUUCUUAGAUUUUUGGCACAUUUAGUAUUAUUUUUAAAACAAAUCGGAAAGAAUUUAAAUAAACAAAUUGCAGAUAAAGUUUUACUCGAAUAUGUUAAAGUUCUUAUAGAAUUCGGUGAUCCAAUUCUAAUUGCCUUUUAUACAUCUACAUUACCCAAAGAGAUGCAAAUAACAAAUUAUGCUAAGUUUCUAGAAAAAAUUAGUGAUUAUGAAGAACGUAAAAAAUGCCUUAAUGCAGCUGAAGAUGUAAAUCUAAAUAUAGAGGCAAUUACUACAUUAGUCGUUCAAAAUAUCCGACGAAAGGAUAUAGAAUUAUAUACUCAUGAUUUAAAAGGAGAGUUAACAAAUGCUGAUUUAGAAAAAAUAAAUGCUUUGGAUUGGUUAACAUUUUAUGCUAGUCAACGAGAAGAAGCAUUGUGGCAAACUAAUGCCUUAAUAAGAUAUUUUUUAAUGAAUGAAAAAUUAGAUGCUGCAAGAAAAGCCUUUAAUAAGAUACCAGUAGAUACAAUUGAAACAAUAAUGAUGGAAUUUCCUGACUUUCAAAAGACAAUAGAAAAUUUAAUGUCAAGUAUUCUGCCUAAAAGAACAUCUUGUUCAAUUCGUGAAUACUUAUGCUAUAAAUCAUAUUUAUAUGCACAGGAAGGAUUUUCCGAAUGGUUUAUUCACUUCCAUCAUAGUAAGCCAACUCCUGUAGAAGAUUUACUAUCUUAUGCUUCAUUUACUGAAAAAGUAGCUUAUGAACAUAAGCAUUCCCAAUACAGUAUUGAAUUAGAACGAUGGAAAACUGUAAUGCAACAUCAUACAAAAGCAGUCAAACAGCUUUUGUUCAAUGUUCUUUUAUUUCCUGAUGGUGGCUGGCUAGUUGAUUCAAUUAAUGAUGUUAAUAAUGAACUACUAUCAGCAGAGGAAAUGCUAAGAGAUCAUCAAUUGGAAAAAUUAAGAAAAUUAUGCAUUCCAAAAAUUGUAUUACUGCUAUAUAAUGUUAUGGCUGAAAUGAAUAAACACAAUGAAUGUGUACAAAUAGCAGAUAUUCUCAUUUCAGAACAAUAUCAAGUAUACAAAGUUUAUUCUAAAGAAAAAUUACGUGAAAUUUUUAGAAAAGUUUGUGAAUCAUCUCUCGUAUUAAUGGACCAAAAAAGAGAUCCAUGGGGUUAUCAAUGUAAAUGAUGUCAUGAUGUUUUUAUCUUAAUAUAUGUACUAUUUAAAGAGAAAAUUUUAGCA